UUAACCUCAAAUUCGUCCGAACCCAAAAACCCGAUUAAAAAUCUUUAAUGAUAGGGCUCGUAAUUUUAUAGGCAUUAAGCAAUAAGUAUUAUUACUUUUACUUUUUACUUAGUGGUGCAUUUGCAAUUUGCAUUACUAUCUGCCUUGCUUAUCGCUGCAUUUGCAUUUGGCAUAAGGCACCUUUCAUAGCCUCAUAGGUGCAUUCGUUGUCCUCGAAACCGUGGUGGUUGCAUCAGUUUUUUGUAUAUUUUUUUUCCAAAAUACAAGACACUAUAGUAGCUGUUUUUAGUGCUUCGAUAUUGAAAAAAUAUUGCGAUAGAAUACAAUGUUGACAAUAUACCGAUUAUGUGUUCUUAUUACUUCCUAGAAGUCACAUUAAGUGUUCUUGACAGAAAAGGGGACGACGUGAACGUGAAUGACGGAAAAUUUUCAUUUUACAUUAAGGAAGCGCUUAAAGAAGUUUUUGGCCAGUUUGGAUCAAGUGUCAACUUUGAUAUACUAAAGUUUGAAGCUGGAAAAGGCAUAAUUCGGUGUCCAUCUACUUUUUACAUAAAAUUUCGAGGAGCUCUUACUUUGUUUGGACGUCACAAUUCAAAUACUGUUGCAUUCAACGUCCACCGUGCUUCACCGUGUUUAAUAUCAUUCAUCACAGAAGAUAGGAUUUAUAAACAUGUCACAAAUAAUUAAAGAUGGUAAAGACACAAUUAUAUUUGCCACAAAAGAAGAUCAUCAGUCACCUAGUAAAGUCAUAUUAUCACCUCCAGAACCCUCACCUGGUCUCAUAUUUCCUGAUGGCUCCAUAAACUGGAAUUGCCCAUGUUUAGGAGGAAUGGCGACUGGACCUUGUGGGGUUGAAUUUAGAGAAUCAUUUACGUGUUUUCAUUACAGUAAAGAAGAACCUAAAGGUAUGGAAUGUAGGGAAAAGUUCACAGCUAUGUGGGCAUGUAUGGACCAAUAUCCAGAAGUAUAUUCAGAAGGUUUAAAAGAUGAUGAAGAAUUUUUAAAUGCAGAAGAACAAGCUGGUGAAACCGUGAAAAAUGAAAAAACGAAUUCGUAAAACUUGUUGUUAAUCUGUUCCGUUUUAGAAUUUUUUUCGUUUUAAAUAGAUGUUUUAGAUAUUAAAUUUA